GGCUCCAGAGCCGACGCCUACAGACUGUCGGAUGUCUUCUCUCAACUCCAUUUCGAUAUCAAAUACUUCGUGAAUAAGACGAGUCAUGAGAUGAAGAAUUUAUUACAGACUGUGAUUGCAAUGAGUGAACAACUCGUAGAACACGACGCUCUGGCCGUCGUUAUCCUCUCGCAUGGCAUUAAGGAUGAGAUCUAUGGCACUGACGGCAAGACUAUAGCCGUCGACACAAUUCUCGAGUUCUUCAAUAACCAGAAUUGUCCGGCGCUUAUAAAUAAGCCCAAAAUGUUCUUCUUGAGCGCCUGUAGAGGAUCACAAAUAGAUACGGGAAUAAUGAUGCCGUUGGGUCUGAAGGCUAGUUCGCCGUUUGGCGCGUCACUGGGCGUGCGGCCUAACCACGUGCCCACUUGGAGUGAUAUAUUUGUGUAUUAUUCCACAAUUGAGGGAUAUGCCUCACUGAGAAACACAAAUACUGGUUCGUGGUUUGGCUAUGAAUUAGCCAAUAGUUUGGCAGAGUUUGCCCAUAGAGAACAUCUGCACGAUUUGAUUACCAUUAAAGUGGCCGAAAGACUUCACGAGAGAAUCAGUCAAAUGAACGGAAAUUCUGUGAAACAGGCCAUUGAGACACAAACCAAAGGUUUCGUUAAAAAGAAUAGAGUACAUCUGGAGUAUUUCAUAGGAGUUAAGUAA